ACUCUGCGAACGCUACACUCUGCUCACAGCUCACGACACACCUUCCACUGCUCAUCUCAUCAUGGCACUACCAGUACGCGACGGCACGGCGUACGGCGAGGUCCGCGCGCCGCUUGACAAGUCCAAGCUCGUUCCCUACCUCGAGGCGAAUGUCAAGGGCUUCAAGGGCCCGCUGGACAUCAAGCAGUUCGGGUUCGGGCAGAGCAACCCCACCUACCUCCUCGAGACGCCCUCUAAGAGCUAUGUGCUCCGCCGCGCGCCGUCGGGCAAGCUCCUGAGCUCGACAGCGCAUCGCGUUGACCGAGAGUACCUCAUCCUCGAGCGGAUCGGCACCUGGAACGCCAAGCUGCCCGCGAGCAAGGCUGCGCUCCGCGUCCCUGUGCCCGAGGUGUACUGCCUGUGCGAAGACCGCGACAUCGCCGGCGCCCCCUUCUACGUCAUGGAGUACCUCAAGGGCCGCAUCUUCACGGACGUGACGCUGCCAUCGCUGCCGCGCGCCGAGCGCGACGCCAUCUGGCAGGGGUGCGUACAUGCCCUCACGCUCCUGCACGCCGUGCCGGUGGAGCAGCUUGAGAUGCCGGCCUCCUUCGCACCCGACAUCAAUGCAAAGCCCUACUUCCCGCGCCAGGUCAAGAGCAUGCUCAAGGUGAGCGCGUCCCAGGGCGCUGCGCCCGUGCCAGAGUAUCCCGGGGGCGUGCUGGGCGACAUCUGGGGCUCGGGCGAGCUCGUGCCGUACUACGAGAGCGGGGCCGGGCGGGUGGCCGCGGCGGACGCCGCACACGGUCCCAGCAUUGUGCACGGCGACUACAAGCUCGACAACAUGAUAUUCCACCCUACCGAGCCGCGGGUUAUCGGCAUCCUCGACUGGGAGCUCUGCACAGUCGGUUCGCCUCUCGCCGACCUGGGCAAUAUGACCAUUCCGUUCAACUACCCCCCGCUGAGCGAGGAGGAGAAGGCCACGAUCAGCAAGAGCGGCAGUCAACAGCUCGGCCUCGGCGGGUUGCCGUCCAGCGAGACGGGCAUCCCUACCCGGGAGGACCUCGAGGCGUGGUGGGUCAAGGGCAUCAACGCGGGAUACACAGCCCACGGGCGGACCGGGGCGCAGUGGCAAUACCCCAUCCCCAACAUGCCGUGGGUGCGGUCGUGGAUGCUCUUCCGCCUUGCGAUCAUUAUGCAGGGCAUUGCGGCGCGCGCGGCUCUCGGCCAGGCUUCCAGCGCGUCCGCAACCGUGACGCGCGGCGGCAUGGACUUCUUUGGCAAGGUCGCAAUGGGCGCAAAGAAUGAGAAACAGGACAGCGCACGGCUGUGAUUGUAGUUGAUAUUUGCAUGACAAGAUUUUGAG